ACGAUCAUUCUCGACACCUGCGUGGCCGCUGCCGUCGCCCAAUUUGCCGCCCCGGCUUACCCAGCACCGGCCUACUCUGCACCAAAGGCCUACGCCCCAGAGCCCGCAUACGCCCCGACCCCGUACUGCUUCGAAUACAGCGUAAACGACCUAUCCACCUACGACGUCAAGAGCCAAUCGGAAUACAGCGACGGCAAAACCGUCAAGUGA